GUUGGUCAAAGCUGCAGCAGCAGUCGCAAAAAGUCGCAGGCGGACGAUGGACGGCCAAAUGUGUGCGAAUGAGUGAGUGAGUGAGUCAGCGCAAGAGAGUGAGCGAAAUCUUUUUUUUUUAAAUCGCUGUCUAGUGGACUUUGUGUUUCGACCUGUUCCUCCACUGUUUGCGAGCGAGAGAGAGUGUUGUUUAUGUACUUCUUGCGAGUGUUCGACAGCGGCCUGCGGAGUGUGUAAGAGCGGUCGAGGGAGAGCGUGCGUACGAGUGAGCGAGAGCGAACGAGGAUACCGAAACGGGGUGCAAAAGGAGGCAUUUCAAAGAGAUCCCUUUUUUGCUGGUGACGGUGGUGUGAGUGCGCGGCACCGCCACACCGUCAACAAAUCGGUCGUUUGCUGCCGUUCGCUCGCUCGCCGUCUUCGCGUGUUUUGAUGAGUGUGCGAGAGAGCGGCCACGAAGCUACGGGACAGCACAGGACACUCUCUUCUUGGAUCGGAGGGGGUCCCCGUACGGAACAGGCGAAUAGGCGUACAGAGCGUAAGGAGCGCGCGAGAGAGCAAUACACGCGGCGGACGCGAAUGAGCACGACACGAGCGCGUUUGUGUUGGGAAAGUGCAAAACGCAUCUUUUUUUUUUGGAUGGGAUCUUGCCGUAAUUCUCGUACGCGUAUUUAAAUUUCCAACUUAGUUGUGUUCGAGAAACGUGACGCGAAGGAUGUUUGGACAGAAGCAGCGGUAGAAGCGAAGGCAUCAGCAGCAAUAUCAGCAACUGCCAAACAAGAACAGCAGCAGGAGCCUACAGUCAAAAGAACUAGCGGCCGCAAUCAGCGAGUAGCGCGGACAAAAGAAACGGAAACAAUUAGCCGAUUGUGUAUUUGUGCGGAUUUAUAUAAAAAGUUUUUCACUUCCGUUGAAGAAUUUUUUUUUCGCAUUCGAUUGGACUCGAUCGCCCAAAUCCUUUUGUUUUCGUAGGAAACCGCGCGCGCGUUUGUCGUGUGGUUUGAAUAAGGAAGUGUGCUAAUAGUGAUUUUUGAUAAGCCGUUAAGAAACAUACACAAAAAAAAGAAGAAAACAAAAGUGAAAUGUUUGCAGGUCAAACAUAAUCAAAAGUACAAAUUUCGCAGUUCGUGUUUAGCUGAAACAUUUUUGACUACUCUCAAGUAACCGUUUCCCCGCAAGAAGAAAGGGAAGUUUGGCGGAAAAAUUAUUAGUAGUGCCCUUGCGAAGGGAAGCGAAAAAAAAAAUUUAAAAGUCUCCAAAGGAUUAUCUUCUUAGUCACUGCAGCCGUAGUGUGGUGCAAGUUCGGGACCGUGAACAAACAACAUUUCUCGGCCACCCCAAAUCAGCGAUUUCAUCCUGCUGCAUCCCCACAUUCCUCCCCCCCCCCGCGUCACCGACCGCGGCCGGCUGAUUCGCGCGAGAACGUGAGGAUUCAGCGAAAAAUUUCGCCGCAAUAUCAUCACAGCAGCAAAGGGCCAGAGGCGAGUAUUAAGCCGAGAAGCAGUGAAGGCAACGCGAAAAAAAAUUAGUGAAGUGUGUACCACCCCACCAUCGGUUGUCGUCGUCGUCUCCUUCGGUACGACCCAUUCGAGUUGAUGAGAGAAGAAGAAAACGAAAACUCAGGAGAAGUGAAAAACAACGCGUAGGAUUUUUGCCGCUGUUGUUGUUAUUGUUGUUGUUACCGGUGUAAGCCGCGAAAGACGCGUGAACACACGAAAAAUUGUUUUUACGUAAAGAAGAAGAAAAAAAAACGCGCAGUGUGUGCUUUUUGUAUGCGCGCCUAAGUAAAUUGGUGCUCAGUGUCGUCGUCCUGGCGGUGCAGUAACCCAGCCUAGGUCCUUCUUCUGCAGGAAGGUUUUCCGCCAACCAGCAGCCUGGUGGUGUAACUACUACUUCUCCUUCAGGCCUCGUUCAGAGGCUUCGCGCGCGUGUUAAGGCUGCCAUUCUGCACACGGGGACCUCAUCCCUGUACGGCAGAACCACACAGCCCAGCGACUCAAGCCCCGCAAUCGUGGACCAGCAGCAACACCAGCAGCCGCUAAGGCAUCCUCAUCAUCCCCAUCCAGCACUGCGGCCGCCAGCACCGCAUCUAGCCGCCACCCUGCAGCAGCCACCAGCUCGUGCCGGUUGGGAUUGUAAUUUAUAUUCACGCACAACGACGCAUUUCAAGAUGAUGAUGGCAACGAAAGGCAAACGCCCACUGCGGCAUCUCACGGCCACGGAUAAGAUCGAUGCGAUUCAGCGGAUUCACGACGGCGAAUCGAAGGCAUCGGUGGCGCGGGAUAUCGGCGUCCCGGAGUCUACACUGCGAGGAUGGUGCAAGAACGAGGAAAAAUUGCGCUACAUGUCCCGCCAGUCAGCGGAGAAUGCAGACAAACUGACGAGCGAAGCCACGGCAGCUGCCUUGACGGCCGCCGCGGCAGCAGAACUCUUCAACGGACCACCCGAGAAGCGCAUGAAGCUGGAGCAGGGACUGUUCGGCAAUGGGAAGCUGAAAUACGACGACAGUUUCUACAAGAGCCCGAGGGGCCCGAUGAAUGGGCUCGAUCUCAGCGGAGGGGACAAAGGUCUGGGAGUUUCCGGAGGGGACAUCAUCAUGAACGGACUGCACGGUGCGGAUUUCAGUGCGUUCGCUAAGACAGCUGCCGAGAUAUCGGCCCUCAGCAAGUCCAAAGAGAUGAAUCUCAAGGGAUACGGUGCAGAUCUUAGCAAACACGGGGAUCCAACGAAGGCAGAUCUCUCAAUGGCCGCCAUCAGUCCUCUGACCAGCCUGAGUCACCUGUCGGGGAUGUCCAGCCUGGCCCAGAGCCCGCUGGCAUUGAGCUUCAACGAAAUCGCUAACAAUCUGAACCUGAUAGCGCAGCUCCACAACAAUCACAACCUAACGACGAUGUCCAAUCUGGGAGGACUGAGCGCGGCCCAAUCGCUUCGCAAUGCACGCCCCAAGGCCAAUACUAGUCAGAGCCCCCGCACUUCGAGUCUGUCCGAGUCGAACGGUGACAAGACUCCCUCGCUAACGGUUCGCAAUUUGGCCAAGCUGCAGCAAAAAAGCGAGCUUACUAACGGUAUGAUCCAUGGUAUUAAUCUAAACGACAAAUAUAAACAACAAUCAUCUGCUGCUCCCCUAGGUCGUGAUCCAAAUGCACCGGUCGACGAAGCGCUCUGGUAUUGGCUCAAAUCCCAACAGCUGAACAGUCUCUAUUCGACGAUGCCGCGUCCCUCCAGUCCCCAGCAGAGUUCCUCCCCACCCCAGCAGCACCAACAGCUCCAGCACCACCCAUCGACUCAAACGCCAACGCCACCAAUCGUCUCAACGCCUCAGCCGACACCCCCGUCAUCCGCUCCGUCCCUCACCCCAGAGGACACCAAAAAUUCCUCCUGGUUUUGGCAAUGGUACAAAACUUUCGGCGCCUCGCUAAUGCCCGGCGACAAAUCCAACAAUAACACUAUCAACACCAACGCCAACUCCAAGCAGUCAUCGUACGAGAACAUUCUCUACUCUCAGCUUACCAAGGGACAGAACCCGGAUUCACUCAACAACAACGCUCAGCCGAUGAAUCUGAACAUCAACGGUUCCAGCGGCCAAGAUAAUCUCAAAACGGAACCGGAGGAUCUCUCGAACCACAACAACAACUCCUCGGGGCACCUUGCUGCCCCGGACGAUCAUCAGCGCUUCAAUCCGAGCCCAUCGACGAGUAUCAAAUCCGAACCAAAGCCCGAAGAUGACGAGGAACCACAACCCACAACCCAUGGCGAAGAGGAACUCCCGGCGGAACCAAAAACCAACGGCAAAGUCAAGGAAGUUCUCGACAAUCUUCUGUUCCAGCAGACCGACGAAGACCGGGACAGCCCUGCCCCGGGGUCGAUGCGCCGCUCGGUCAGCCCCGCCAUUAGCAACCACAACGGUAACAACAGCACCCACGAUCCCAGCGAGUUGAUCACCUCCAACGGACUGCCCUCCGACGAAGUGAAGAGCGAGAUCUCCGAGGACUCCAAUCAGUUCGCGGUGGAAAUCAAAAGCUCCGCCGAUGCCGUCGAGCUGGGUGAAAAGUUUCUCAAGUGGUUGGAGUCCUGCAGUGACCCGAACGUUACCGCCAUGCAGGUCGUCCAGUUCAAGUUCCUGCUCAACAGCAUCAAGCUGAGCGCCGAAAGGCAGCAGCAGCAAACGGUGGCCAGCAGCGGCGGCGAGGAACGCACCCGAGUUCGAAGACGGAAGUAAAUGGCAUCCUCGUCCAUCUGUGUAUAUAGUCAUCCGCAUCCUCGGAACGUCCUUUCCCCUUCUCCCGAUGAUCAGUCUAAAUCAAAACGCAAACACUAUAUCAUUAGAGCGCUAUCGCAGACAUACACUCAGAGAGAGAGAGAGAGAGAGAGAGAGA